CCCCUGCCCUUCACUGAGAGGGAGCCCAGGUGAUGGCAGCCAUGUCCCUGAAUGCCUGGUAUCAGGAGUUGGUGACCUUUAAGGACGUGGCUGUCUACUUCACCGGGACAGAAUGGGCUGGUCUUUCUCCUGCACAGAAGGCCCUGUACAGAAGUGUUAUGCUGGAGAAUUAUGGGAACUUGACAUCCCUUGGAUACCCAGUUCCCAAACCUGCCCUGAUCUCACUUCUGGAGGGAGGGAAUUUGCCUUGGGGCUUGGAGGCACAGGAUAACCCAUCUGCAGAGAGAACCAAAGACAUCUGUAAAGAUACUGAGACCAACGUUGGCAAUGAGUCCACAUCAACACAGGGAAUUUCUGAAGAAAGAGAUGUGAUAUUGUCACAUGGUUUGCAGAAGAGUGUUAUUCAGGGAGCCAACUUUCUAGAAACCUGUGAACUGGAAAAGCACCAGGAAAUCCCCACAGUGAAAAAUAUUAAAGGAAAGGUUCCAAGAAUCCACUGUACAAGAAAACCCUUCAGCUGUGAGGAGUGUGGGAAAUGCUUCAGUUAUUUUUCUUACUACGUUAGACACCAGAGAAUCCACACCGGGGAGAAACCCUUUGAGUGUAAUGAGUGUGGAAAAGCCUUUAAUGGCAAUUCUUCAUUAAUUCGGCACCAGAGAAUCCACACUGGAGAGAAGCCCUAUCAAUGUGAAGAGUGUGGGAGAGCCUUUAAUGAUAAUGCAAAUCUGAUUAGGCAUCAGAGAAUCCACAGUGGGGACAGACCCUAUCUCUGUGGAGAGUGUGGAAAUAGUUUUACCAGUAGUUCCGAGUUUGUCAUACAUCAGAGAAUCCACAAUGGGGAGAAACCUUAUGAGUGUAAUGAGUGUGGAAAAGCUUUUGUUGGUAAUUCACCACUACUUCGACAUCAGAAAAUCCACACUGGAGAGAAACCCUAUGAAUGUAAGGAGUGUGGCAAAAGCUUUGGAAGGACUUCUCAUCUUAGCCAACAUCAACGUAUUCACACAGGGGAAAAGCCUUAUUCUUGUAAAAUAUGUGGGCAGGCCUUCAAUUUUCAUACAAAACUAACUCGGCACCAGAGAGUCCACAGUGAGGAGAAACCCUUUGACUGUGUAGAUUGUGGAAAAGCCUUUAGUGCUCAGGAACAAUUAAAAAGGCAUCUAAGGAUCCAUAUUCAGGAGUCUUCCUGUUUAUGUGAUGCCUGUGGAAAAGUCUUCGCUAGCAAAAGAAAUUUUCUUCAGCAUCAAAGAAACCACACUGCAGAGAAACCCUAUGAGUGUGUCGAGUAUGAAAAAACCUUUAGGACUUCUUCCAAGCUAGGUCAUCGUGAGCAUAUCCACCCCGGAGAGAAACCUGUUGUCCUAGACAUUUGUCGUUUUGGCCUCCCAGAAUUUUUCACCCCCUUUUACUGGUAAUAGUACACUAAAUUUCCCUUUGGAUUUCAUCUUCCACUCAGGAGCAGGAUGUGUGACACAGGCCUGGCUCAGCUGCACAUUCCUUCCCCUAAGCCAUAGCUGUUGGUUCAGAGGUCAGUAAUUUACCCAGCAUGGUCCAAUUACAGUCCCAGGACUUGGCAAGAGUUAAUAGGAAGAAAUAACUCU